AUGGACCGGUACACCUUCUAUCAAGGGCAAGUCGGAAGCGACGAGGAUGGCGCUCUUGACAUUCAGUCUGACGGGCGUGUCGUACAUUGCACUCCGUAUCUCCUCCAACUCGGCCUAACGAAAUCCCGCACUUCGCUCGUCUGGAUUGCCGGCCCCUUGUCCGGUCUCAUCAUCCAUCCCCUCAUCGGAGUUAUUGCGGAUCGCUCGCGGUCGAGAUGGGGCAGACGGCGCCCGUUUAUGCUUGGCGGAGCGUUGGUAGUCGCUUUUUGCCUGUUGUUGCUGGGCUGGACGUCGGAGGUGGUUGGGUGGUUUGCGCAUGAUAUUGAGAAAGAACAGAAAAGAAAUUAUACUAUUGCCGUUGCGGUCUUGGCUAUUUAUGGGGUUGAUUUUGCUAUAAGUGCUGUCCAGGCGUGUUGUCGAAGUAUUAUUGUCGACACAUUGCCCAUCUCCCAGCAGCAGCUGGGUUCGGCAUGGGCAACUCGUAUGCAGGCAAUCGGCUCCCUGAUAGCCUACAUCGUGGGUUCGAUGGAUAUGGUGACUACCUUUGGCACCAGAUUCGGUGAUACCCAAUUCAAGCAGAUGACAGUGGUGGCCGCUAUUUUCUUGGUUGCGGCCGUUUUGGUGACGUCGUAUAGUGUCAAGGAGCGAGUUCUGAUAGCAGCGAGAGGUGCGGAUGAGAAGAAUGGCUUUUUCCAAGUCAUAGCGCAACUCUAUAGAACUACAAUGGAUCUGCCACCGCAGAUUCAGGCGGUUUGUUGGGUGCAAUUUUGGGCAUGGAUAGCCUGGUUUCCAUUCCUUUUCUACAGCACGACUUGGGUCGGAGAGACAUAUUUUCGCUAUGAAAAUCCCGAGUCAGUGGCGAAAUCCUCCGACACGCUUGGUGAUGUCGGCCGGUUAGGCAGCUUGUCGCUUGUGAUUUUCUCUUCUGUCACAUUCUUAAGCUCUGUCCUAAUUCCCUUCGGCGUCCGCUCUCCUGAUAGCAAUUCCAAAAGGGCCAACUUCACAUCACGCCCUCCACCGCGAAUGGCAGCACUAUUGCGCCGAUUCAAGAAGAUCCGUCCCAAUUUGCAGACUGUAUGGUUCCUUUCCCACCUCGUCUUCGCAGGAACCAUGAUAUUCGCACCCAUGGCCCGGUCUCUGAAGUUCGCGACUUUCCUGGUUUCAGUCUGCGGUAUCCCCUGGGCUAUCUCAGGUUGGGCUCCGUUCGCCUUUAUGGGAGUUGAGAUCAAUAAACUGGCGCUAGAACCGCCCUCGACUCCUCUCCCCACAGCGACAAUGAUCACAUCAACCACUUUCCGUACACAUGGCUACCGGCCCAUAGACAGCGUUGAACGCGACGUUGAGAUGGACGUGCUUCGCCUGAACCACCGCACGGGUGACGAGGAUAGCGAUGACGAAUCCUCCUCUGGAGCAGCAGCAGGAGCAACUACAACAACAAGCGAUAUCGCAUCUACCGGUGAACUCGCCGGCAUCUAUCUUGGCGUGUUGAAUGUUUACACUACACUACCCCAAUUCGUCGGCACGUUUAUCAGUUGGAUUGUCUUUAGCGUCCUUGAACCAGCACUACCACCUCCGCCUGAAAACGACGACCCAACGCAACCCAUACAAGGAAGCAGAGAUGGCACGUGGAUGAACCUGGAUUCUGACGGCCCCAAUGCUAUUGCCGUAUGUCUUUUCAUCGGCGCACUUAGCGCUUUGGUUGCUGCAGAAGCUACACGGCGGUUUAAAGCGGUGACAGCUGUGCGCCAGCUACCAAUCUAUGAUUGA